GUGGCGGGUACAAGCUCAUUAAAGAUUGUCUGUAUUAAGUUUACCUAUUGCCCUUUAAGAGUCCUCCCCAAUGCACAAUAAACGGAUGAAUCUGUUUUUUAAAUGAGGAGAAGGAGGAUUAAAACCAACCGGCGCAGCAGGACUGUGAGUUCCACGACGGCAACAGGUGUGCGUGCACCAGGGGCACCCUGGCUGAGGGGCCGGAGGGCUGAUGAUGGAUCUGAAGGAGCGCUGUGGCAGUCAGGGGAGCCAGGAGAGCUCCAGCCUGCACCCCACCUCCUGGCAGGCCUUCGCUCACACCAGCACGCUGCACGGCCUGCGCUUCAUCUUCCCGUAUGGUCCGCCCAGCAUGCGCCGCUUGCUCUGGGCCACGGCUCUGCUGGCCUGCCUGGGACUGUUAGUCCUGGAGAGUGCCGAGCGCCUGGCCUACUUCCUCUCCUAUCCUCACGUGACCAGCAUGGACGCCGUGGUGUCGGGUAGCCUGGUCUUCCCCGCUGUGACCGUUUGCAACCUCAACGCUUACCGCUUCAGCCGCCUCACGCGCAACGACCUGUACCACGCUGGGGAGCUGCUGGGCCUGCUGGACGUGCACCUGACUAUCCCCCAGCCGCACCUGGCCGAGCCUGACGUGCUGGCGUUCCUGCAGGAAAAAGCCAACUUCACCGCCUACAAGCCCAAGGCGUUCAGCAUGAAGGAGUUCAUCGAGAGGGUCGGCCACGACCUCAAAGAGAUGAUGCUCUACUGCCGUUACCAAGGCCAGGAAUGCAGCCACAGCGACUUCAAAACCGUGUUCACCAGGUAUGGGAAGUGCUACAUGUUCAACGCUGUAGAGGAAGGGAAGACACUCCGCACUACCAUGAAGGGAGGGACAGGAAACGGCCUGGAGAUCAUGCUGGACAUCCAGCAGGACGAGUACUUGCCGGUGUGGGGGGACACAGAGGAUACAGCCUUCGAGGCAGGUGUGCGUGUGCAGAUCCACAGCCAGGCGGAACCCCCGUUUGUUCACGAGCUGGGCUUCGGCGUGGCCCCCGGCUUCCAGACUUUUGUAGCCACACAGGAGCAGAGGCUGACCUACCUGCCUCCCCCGUGGGGAGAGUGCGAAUCAAAGGCUCUGGAGUCGGGCUUUUUCCAGGUCUACAGUGUAACUGCCUGCAGGAUCGACUGUGAAACACGCUACAUCGUAGAGAACUGCAACUGCAGGAUGGUGCACAUGCCUGGCGAUGCUUCUUACUGCACGCCUGAGCAGUACAAAGACUGCGCCGAGCCUGCACUUGCUAAACUGUCAGCUGUGGAGAGCAGUAACUGCAUGUGCAGGACACCAUGCAACAUGACCCGCUACAACAAAGAGCUGUCCAUGGUCAAAAUCCCCAGCAAGACCUCGGCCCGCUACCUGCAGAAGAAGUUCAACAGGUCGGAGAAGUACAUCACAGACAACAUCUUAGUGUUGGAUGUGUUCUUUGAGGCUUUGAACUAUGAGACCAUCGAGCAAAAGAAAGCUUACGAGGUGGCAGGCUUGCUGGGUGAUAUUGGAGGCCAGAUGGGUCUGUUCAUUGGAGCCAGCAUCCUGACCAUCCUAGAGCUGUUUGACUAUGCUUAUGAGGUGGUGAAAGACAGACUAUUGGAUUUACUGAGCAGAGAGGAGGAGGAGGAGAGUCAUGGAGAGGAUGUGAGUUCCUGUGACCCAGUGGCAAACCACUCAGAGUCCAUCAGCCACACUGUGACAGUCCCCCUGCAGACAACGCUGGGCACCCUGGAGGAGAUUGCCUGCUGAGGCCCUCCCCCCUUGUCCCUCAGAGCCACACACAUCCAAAGGCUGCCUCCACUUGGUGGCGCCACAUCCUCUGUUAGGGCAUCCUGCAGGUCCCUAACAGGGGAGGAGAGGACAAGAACAGGGAUUGGCCUAAGGACAGCGCUGCACUGUGUCAAACCGCCUUGUCUGAGGCACAAAUGGGGAUUAAAGAGCUGUCGGCUGGACUUAUUGGCCCUCUCUGUCAGCCUGCACUAUACUGUGGUGGGAUGAUGGCCUCCAUUGUUCCAGACCUGCAGUGGGGUCUGUGUCUCCACAUACACUCACACAGAAAAUCAAAGACUGGGUGGGACAGCUACCCAUAAAGGGGGCUCACCCCCUGUGCAGCAUAUCUAUGUAACAAACACAUUAAUAUGUCGCUCACUGCCAAAUGAACUGUACAAACCUGGUUUUGAACUGCAUGCGUCAAUCUAUCUUGCUCUCUUUGCUGAUGCAUACGCUGGACUGCAGUGUUGCUUAGCUGUACAUGUGUGCCAUUUGUCUUUCUCUAUCUUCAGGACAGGCCGGUGACAAAGGCCCAGAUGAGAUAUCAAACUUCGAAUGUACAGAUUGAACAUAUGGUUGUUUGAAAUCAUAGUUCAGAUGAGACUAUACCUUCGGAAAUCUAUUCUUAAGAGCAAUUUAUAAUUUCUAAGUAAAUUGGCUUGAAGGGGAAGGUGGUUGAUGAUGUAUGAGCAUUCUUGAGUGAAAAAAAAAAUUGAAUCACUGAAAAUAGUGAAAUUUGAAUAUUUUCUGCAUUUUGCAUAUUUCUUUCACAAGAAUGUUUCAGUUUAGUCAGUUUACUAAAAGGCAUGUUUGCUAUGUGAUUUCAGGGGUGGUAAGUUGUUCCCUACAGACAUCUUUAAGGGAUGUCAUACUCCUACUGUUCAUUUAUAUGGAUUAAUUACUGGCUUCUAGCGGCUGCGCCUCUACCGCGCACACAGCUAAGAGGUAGAAUCUGAAUUGAUUUGCCUGCCAGACAGCCAUGUACAAAACACUGCUACAAAUGAAUAUGCCCAGACUGUUGUCAAACCAUUAUUUUAUCAAGAGAAUGUCAUUUCAGACAGGUAUUACCACUUCAACAAAGGUGGCAUCAUUUUGUCUUUCACAAAAAAAAUGAUAACAAAGCACCAUGAGGAGGGUUCAGUUAUAUGUGUUUUUUAAAUGCAGGGUCUGCUGUGACGUGGUGUGAUAUAUCAGUGUUUUCUUUCUCAUAAAAACGGGUAACACGCAUUUAUACCUGAAUCAGAUUUAAUCUAAAAGAAAUUCAGUAAAACAUUCACUCCAGGUGCAGAAGUGACUCCAUAUUCGUCACAUUUUUUUCAUAAUGUUACUCUUUAGGUGAGAAUGUUAUGUAACAGGCAGUAGCAUUUUAAGGGGAAGUUGAAUGUCAUGCUAACCACGAAGGACACACCUUUGUAUGAGCACCAGGCUUCCUUUCCAAUACAGGUCUCUCUGAUCUUUCAGUCUCCUCGGAAACAAAAGUUACAUAUACGGCUUCACACCAAAAGCUUGUGUGAGACAAGUGGAAGAUUUAGUGUAUAUGAGUCCACGAUCAUCCUAGCUUGGUCUCUGUCAUCAUGGUAAUGUACAAUACAGGUAGGAAUGAAUUCAAGUGCUUUGUGAGAUUAUUUGAAUUAUGAUUUCCCAUCUGUGGCUCAACCUGCUGUCUGUGUGUACUAUCUUAUGUAGUGGCUUCAGACGGACUGCCGGUCUGCAGGGUUGUGAGACAAACCUGUCUCACUUCUCUUGGUGGUAACGACACUGGCUGAUUCUUCGCUCUACUUUGGCUUCAAUUGUUAUCGCAGGACAGCGUUUUCUCAUUUUGUGAUGCAGC